CAUGGAACUCAACAGAAAGCUUGAGUGACGGUCAGAGACAGACACUUUUUGGCCAUGCUCCACCGAAGUUCAGUCUGUGCCUUAUUGCUGAUAAUAUUCCAACUGGGAUCUUUCCGGCCAAUCUCUGAGGAGGAUCAGACUAGUAAUGAAAAUGCAGAGAUCAACUCUGUUCCCAUCUUGCAACCUCGGGGAAUGAAGCCUGAGUCAAAGGUCCAGAUAGACUCUGAACUUUUUAAGCUGGCAGCGAACUACCUCAUAGAUUUUGGGUACCUCCCUGAUGAGAAUGUUACAGAAUACGCAGUACCAGAUAGCCCCUAUAUCUCUGAGGAUGACCUGCCAGAAGAGUUUAUCAGUGGCCUGGAAUGGUUCCAAAGACAGAAUGGAUUAAAAGUCACAGGAAAAUUAGAUUCAGACACAACCGAAGCAAUGAAGUUACCUCGAUGUGGAAAGCAUGAACAGCGAAUGUCCUUCAAUGUGGGUUCCAAAUGGAAGCAAGAGUCAUUGACUUAUAAGAUCAUCAACACCACUUCAAUCAUUUCUGAGAAACUGGUCAGGGCGGAAUUAAUAAAAGCUUUAAAGGUUUGGGAGGAUGUGGUCAACCUGAAAUUUGUUGAAGUUGAUGUUAACAAGACUGCAGACAUUGAUAUAUUCUUUGUAUCUGGCCUGCAUAAUGAUGGAAACCGAAACGCCUUUGAUGGACCAGGGCGUGUUCUGGGUCAUGCCUUCAUGCCACCAUUCACUAAAAAGAAAAAGGAUCUAGAUGGAGACUUACACCUAGAUAACGAUGAGAAGUGGACACUCAAUGAAAAGAAAGGGGUGAAUCUGUUGCAGGCAGCAGCACAUGAGCUGGGACAUUCUCUGGGACUAGAUCAUUCCACCAUUCCAGGAGCACUUAUGGCCCCAACAUACAAAGGUUAUAACCCAAAGUUCAAACUUCACCAAGAUGACAUUGAUGCAAUCCAGGCUUUGUAUGGUAAACCUCCCCCGAAAAUCAGUCAGGGCUCAAGCUCUCCUCAGACAGCAAACAUCUCCAAAGAGGCAGCAUCUGUAGAUGUUAAAAAAAAUGCCACUGUUACUACAGGACCUUCAGUAAAAAAUCAGGCUCCUAAGAAGCAAUAUAACAUCCAAAUGUGCGGAGAAGAUCCAAUUGAUACAUUUGCAUCCAUCAAAGAAGGUUCCAUUUACUUAUUCAAAGGAGACUAUUUCUGGGAGUUAAGUCAUGGGAAGCAGCCAAUGACGCCUAAGAAAAAGCAACCGCAGCUCAUUUCAUCCAAGUGGAAAGAACUUCCAGGAUCCAUUGAUGCCUCUAUUAGAAUGCAAAAUCCUGCAGCAGACCAGGAUGGGAAGAUAUUCUUUUUUAAGGGAAACAAUUACUGGAAGUACAACAAUGAUCGCAUGGAGCCUGGGUACCCCAAACUUAUUAAGGACGGAUUUCCAGGUGUUCCCAGCAAUCUAGAUGCUGCAUUUACCCAACCAGCUAUCAUAGCAAAAGGAGGCAAAGUAAUAAGGGAUGAAAGGAUAUUCUUUAUUAAAGGAAAAAAGUACAUUCUGUACGAUCCAGCAACAGGAAACAGCACAAGCCCCCAAUCACUACAAGACGACUGGGUGGGUGUUAAACUUCCUAUCACAGCUGCCCUCAGCUUGAAGAAUGAAAUGUAUCUAAUUAGCAAGAAAAAGUUCCAAAAGAUCCUUCUGCUAACGUACAUACAAGAUCGCGUCUAUGGUAACAUUCACCAGGCAAAGGAUUUAAAGCAUUUAAUCCAAUGUGAGGCUACAAAUCUAUAGUAGUAAUCUGAAAAAUAUAGUGGCCUUUCUGUUGUCUGCCUUUUGUUCAGUAUGAAAUAAUGGAAGAUAUAUAAACAUGUGUCUGUGCCUUUUACCUUGUUAUUAAACUAUUGGUAUUACAUUCUGCUUGAUAUCUAUCACCCACUUAAGAAUGAUCUAUUGCAACAAUAACUCUAUAUGACAGAAUAUACAUUUUAUAAAUAAUGUAACAUUUAAAUGUUAUCAAUAAUAAAAUUGUUAUGAUCUAUGAUGCCAA